AUGAUCAGUCCACAUGAAGAGAAAUGGUUCAUCAAAGCGCUCUUGACAUCAUCAUCACGAAGCGAAGGACCUGCCGAAGGUUCAUAUCCAGUACCGGAAAUGCCAUGGCUACUUAAUCCCACAAAUUCUAGAUCACUGCCGAAGACAGGAUCUGCUAUCCAUAGCAACUCGAGGGCCUCAAGAGCAAUUCACAGAAACAUUCACUAUAGUAAUAGUAAUCAUGAACACAAUGGUGAUGCUGAUAUAGACUAUGAAGAGGAGGAAGAUGAAGAUGACCCUGAAGAUGCUGACUUUGAGCCCUAUGAUGCUGUGGAUGAUGGUGGUGCAAGGAAAAAGCAUGGCCAAGGUUGGGACGUUUCUGAUGAAGAUCCUGAGAGUGAUGAUGAUAUCGAUCUUUCCGACUACGAGGAUGACUAUGGUACAAAAAAGCCCAAGGUUAGGCAACAGAGUAAAGGUUUCCGGAAAUCUAGCUCUGUACUUGAACGAAAAUCAUCCCAUGCUUCUAAUCGACAAAAGAGGAAAACGUCAUAUCAAUAUGAUGGCUCAGAGGAGGACUCUGAUAAUGACAACGAUGAGGGUUUUAGAAGCCUGGCCAGAAGAGGCACAACUCUCCGACAAAACAAUGGAAGGUCAACCAAUAACAUAGGACAGAGUAGUGAAGUUCGCAGCUCCACCCGAUCAGUUCGUAAAGUCUCUUAUGUGGAGAGUGAAGACAGUGAAGAUAUAGAUGAUGGGAGAAAUCGUAAAAACCAAAAGGAUGACGUUGAAGAGGAAGAUCCUGAUGUUAUUGAAAAAGUGCUCUGGCAUCAGCCGAAGGGUAUGGGUGAAGAUGCUCCCACAAAGAACAAAUCGACAGUUCCUGUUUUAGUUAGCCAACUGUUUGAUACUGAGUCAGAUUGGAAUGAAAUGGAAUUCCUUAUAAAAUGGAAAGGCCAAUCACACUUGCAUUGUCAGUGGAAAACGUUGAGCGAUCUCCAAAAUCUUAGUGGGUAUAAGAAGGUUCUUAACUAUACGAAGAAAGUGACGGAGGAGAUUAGGUAUAGGACAGCACUCUCACGAGAGGAGAUUGAGGUCAAUGACGUGAGCAAAGAAAUGGAUCUGGACAUCAUUAAGCAGAAUAGUCAGGUAGAAAGAAUAAUUGCAGAUCGAAUCAGCAAAGAUGGUUUAGGGGAUGUUGUGCCAGAGUAUCUAGUUAAGUGGCAAGGGCUAUCUUAUGCUGAAGCAACUUGGGAGAAGGAUGUCGAUAUAGCAUUUGCACAAGCUGCUAUUGAUGAGUACAAGAAUUAG